AUGGUUUUAUUCGUGCAACUUUCACCGCAAUUGUUGAAAGCUAAGUUGCAGCUCCAAGUAUCUACGAUUGCACGGAGGAGUAGCCGUGUGACUUACGGCACGUUCUCGGACGUUGGUAACGCAAGUGAGAUCGGCAAGCAUUUGCCCGAUAUGCCCAAGCAACGCCAAACAUGCACGCGAUGCAGCCAACGUCGGCAGAAAUGCGACAGGAAGUCGCCUUGCACUAGAUGUAUUCUGAACGAUGAGAGAGACCUUUGUACGACAAAAUGGGUCCAUGGUUACAAUCCUUCGGUUCAUAGAAAGUACCCCAGAAGGCAGGAUCUAGAGGGUCAAGAUCAAUCUCCGCAAUCUGCUGCUAGCUCAAGAGAAACGUCUUCAUCUCUAGGUCCACCACUACAGAACGCACAACCAACUAUUCAACACUGGCCACUGUUACCAUCUGGGACUCAAAAUUUACCUUCACACGUGCUGCCUCAGUCAGCAACGUCUGCUCCUGGUCGAGGUCCACCGCAAGCAUUUACUCCGUCUUCUGUAGAAGAGUUCUCCGUUGGAGGAGAGAAGCCUCUCGACAUCGGUAUCGGGGCUAUACUUUCGGAGAAGGACUCGCCCGCCCAGGAUACCGGUCUUUCGUAUCAGGAUCCCAGAUAUAUGCAGACUAAACGAAUCCCGAUCAAUGCUCCUGGGGGAUUUUCUACCUGUUACUCGUCCGCUGCAGCAGUAGUUGAGAUUCAGUACCUCCAAUCAAUUCUGCCAUCGAAAGAGAAUGUCAUCCGAAUCACAAAUUAUUAUGAACAGUGUAUGCUUUACUGGAUAAACGGCAUCUACCACGGCCCCAGCUUUCGGCGAGAAUUGAACGAGGCCUACGAUUCCUCUGACCAGCUGAACUUGAGCAGCCUGGAUUGGCGUUGGACAGCUCUUCUGUUUGCUAUACUUUCCUCCGGCAUCAUCGGCUGUCCAGAAGAUGUGUCUGAUGAGUGGGGAUUCCCCGGCGACGACAAAGUGAAACGUGCCCGGGAGUGGGGUGGUGCCACCGUUGCGUGCCUCAAUCUGGGGAACUAUACCUCCCAGUAUCACAUUCACUCUGUGCAUGCGAUCUACAUUCUGCAUGCCUAUGAGCAUCUGGCAGGCUCUACAAAUCAAUGGAUAGCUUUGCGAAGUGUUGCUUCGAUUAUCGCCAAAGGCUUGGGUCUCCACAGAUUAGGGCCACAUCCCGAUGACGAGCAAACUUCUGGACUUAGUCCAGAGCAGAAGCAAGCUUUGAUUGAUCGUGAAAUAGGUCGAAGAACCUGGUACACUAUCACAACUCAAGAUUGGCUCAUCACUGUUUCACAAGGCACUCACAACACAGCUAUCCAGAAAAACCACUUUACCACUUCAAGGCCUCGACUCUUCGAUGAUAAAACGAUGACACUGACUAGCGACUCCACACCGGCUCUGGCCCAUAUUGGGAACUUUUUCUUCGACAAUGCCUCUGGGCUUCUCAAUUUUUUCACCGCCAUGUCCGAUGUCCAAGAUGAAGACGAUGCGACCCGCUAUGGCGUGGUCGUCAAAUACGACGGAGACUUUCGUGCCGAUAACCUCGAGAAUAUGCCAAUAUGUCUGUCACAUCGAACACCAAUCAACCCUGCCUGGCCGUGCUGGACUAAAUGGGCGCGGCGAAUGUAUCAAUCGGCCUACAAUCACAACAUUAUUAUGAUACAUCAAACCUUCCUCAGUAAAAGCUUCAAAGAACCCCGAUACACUUACAGCAGGUGGGCGAGCACAAACGCAGCAAAGAUCAUCAUCGGGCUAUAUACCACUCGCGAGCCCGACGAGCCACAAUUAUGGGUCGAGCAAGCCUUCGUGGUAACAGCGGGGAUCUGCCUUGGAAUUGACCUUUUCCAUCGCUCGGAUCGAGAUUCAGAAACUCAGGAGUAUUACGCCUGCGUGCACAAAGCGAUCGACUACUUGGGGCUCUUUCCCACUAGUUCAGUCGCUACUCAUGGUAGACGGCUGCUCACCUCUCUGAUUCAGAAAUACAUGAAGAUCAUUGAAGAAGCACGGUCGAACUCGCAGACGAUACAUGACAGAUCUUUUCCAGAUAUGUCCAGCGCCCCGCCGGACAUGUCUCUCGCUGGUGUUGCGGGUAUGGCGUCUACGUUACCUUCAAAUCUUGACGUGCAUCCUGCGAAUGACGAGACGGUUCCGUUCCAUUUGGACACCAAUAUGCUUGACUUCGACUUCGAGGACAUCAUGUGUGGCAUACAAGAUUCAAUGGAUUAUAAUCCCUUCCUCGAUAGCAUGCUGUCGAUGGCUACUGGACAAUUGCCGUAG